CGCUGGUGGUAGAUGGCAGCAGAGGGUCAAACAGAAAGCGGGCGGUGAAACUCUGUCAGGUGUUGCAGGAAGUUGCGCAUGACGGCUGGCUGGGAAAUAAUGGCGCCUCUAGAUUUGGAUAAAUAUGCAGAGAUUGCGAAGCAGUGUAAAUACUUGCCAGAGAAUGACCUCAAGAGGUUAUGUGACUACGUGUGUGACCUGCUGCUGGAGGAGUCCAACGUCCAGCCCGUGUCGACACCUGUAACAGUAUGUGGGGACAUACACGGACAGUUUUAUGAUCUCUGUGAACUCUUCCGAACUGGUGGCCAGGUUCCAGACACAAAUUACAUAUUUAUGGGCGACUUUGUCGACAGAGGGUAUUACAGUCUGGAGACGUUCACCUACCUGCUGGUGCUUAAAGCCAAAUGGCCCGACCGCAUCACGCUCCUGCGUGGAAACCAUGAGAGCAGACAGAUCACCCAAGUUUAUGGCUUCUAUGAUGAGUGUCAGACCAAGUACGGAAAUGCAAAUGCGUGGCGAUACUGCACCAAAGUGUUCGAUAUGUUAACAGUUGCAGCUCUGAUGGACGAGCAGAUCCUGUGUGUCCAUGGAGGCCUCUCCCCAGACAUAAAAACUCUGGAUCAGAUUCGAACCAUUGAGCGAAACCAGGAGAUCCCACACAAAGGAGCGUUUUGUGAUCUGGUGUGGUCAGACCCCGAAGACGUGGACACCUGGGCCAUCAGCCCCAGAGGAGCUGGCUGGCUCUUUGGUGCCAAAGUCACAAAUGAGUUUGUUCACAUCAACAACCUGAAGCUGAUCUGCAGAGCACAUCAACUCGUCCACGAAGGCUACAAGUUCAUGUUUGACGAGAAGCUGGUCACGGUGUGGUCGGCUCCCAACUACUGCUAUCGCUGCGGCAACAUCGCCUCCAUUAUGGUCUUCAAAGACGCAAACACAAGAGAGCCAAAGCUGUUCAGAGCAGUGCCUGACUCUGAAAGGGUCAUUCCACCUCGAACAACAACACCUUAUUUCCUGUAAGCAAAUGAAAACUAAAUGAACACAGCCAUUAGUUCAGUGCACAGAUACCAGAUUCUGGGACAGUAGCAUCAGCGGCACCUGUGUACCCAUAUGAAUUUGUAUAUUACAUUUCGUGUAUUUAGAGCAUUUAGACAUUUCCCGGUGCCAACUGUCAGUUGUUAUUCCCACUUUGACAUUUAAUGCCAUUAGUCUGCAGCGUAAUGACAGACUGAGUUACAGCGAAGUCUCAACAGUGUGGCUGUGCUGUUGAGGUGUUUUAGAGGAAGGAUUCAAAUGUUCAUAUUUAUAAAUAUCCGUUUCACUGAAUAAAAUUCACUCUGCUGAGCAAACUGCAGGUGCAGUGUUAUGUACAAUGUUUCAAUUUGUUUUGUUUUUGUAAUGUAUUAAAGAUGGCUGUAAAAUCAUAAACCACUGCACAAAAGCAUAAAUUGCAUCUAUUCUGACAAAUUUCAAUUGAGUUAGUAAUUGUAAGUAAUUCAUUGAGUACAGUUGACUAACUGUAAUUCUGUGAUCUUAUAGGAUGUAAACCGGAGAGUUUGUGUAUAAAAAAUGACCAUAUCUGUUUAUUCAAAAUUCCAGUAUUGUUAAGCCUGUGGUACCUUAAAAUAUUAUCUGUAAUUGCCAGAUUUGAAUAAUCUGAAGAAUCAGCUCUUGUAAUUAUUAUUUUUCUCUGUCACCAUACUGUUUUUAAA